AUGAUUGUAUCUGGCUCACUGGGACGUCAUUUAAUACCGAAAAUUUAUGCGUUGCCGCAAAUGGAUUCCAUUUAUGUCUUCUGUCAGAAUCGAUCUGUUCAUCAACAAUGGGCUACAACUAUAUCAAAGGUAAAAGGUAUAUACACACAGAUUGAACCGAUUUCUAAAUCACUACAAAUUGAUCGUGAACGAUGUGAUCAAGCUACGAUAUCAAUCAGUUUUUGUGGCAUUGAUCCGUCGUUUAUGUACAUGCAAUUGUUGAAAGAGGCUAUUUUAGAAAUUGAUGAUGAUGACGACACUAAAUGCACCAAAGAACUUGUUGAUUACUGUCGUAUUCAUGAUGAUAUUCCUGAAGACGAGAUUAUAAAGAUUGAACGAAAAUAUCAUCGUUAUUCACCCAUUUGGUGGUAUACGGCUCCAUAUUUUAUUAACUCAAUGCUUAAUCGAGGUCUUCGAUUACUAGAUGUCAAUAUUAUACUCAAAAUGGGUUUCUUCAUUAGACACUUACAUCGAAAUAUUGAAGAAUUACAUUGUGAACGACAACUUGCAACUACAACAACGACAAAUCCUUUCCAAGUAUUUCGAGGACAAGGUUUAUCUAUGCAAGACUUUGAAAAAAUGAAGCAAACAAAAGGAGGACUGAUGUCUUUUAAUAAUUUUCUUUUAACAAAUCGUAAUCGUAAAAUUUCGCUCGAACAAUAUGCACGACCGGCAGCAGUCAAUCCUGAUUCAGUUGGCAUACUCUUUGUUAUGGCCAUCGAUCCGAUACUCUGUACAACAUCAUCGACUACUUUUGCUGACAUCAAAAAUAUCAGCUACAGCAAAGGACCAAUUUUAUCUAAUGGACAAAUACAAGUAGAUGAAGUUAAACAAAAUGAAUCAUUUGCAUAUGAACAUGUAUGUUGUAUAUUACAUAAAGAACCAGAAUAUCCUUGA